UGCUGGGUGGUAUGAGAAAUGGUGGGAAAAAAUAUGAUGCUAAAGGGUGGACUGAGAAGGGCGCCCACAAGUAUGGUAGAUUGAAUGAACAAUCAUGGUGGGAAAAGUGGGGAGAGCACUAUGAUGGUAGAGGAUCCGUCUUGAAAUGGACAGAUAAAUGGGCAGAGACGGAACUUGGAACCAAAUGGGGAGACAAGUGGGAAGAGAAUUUCUUUGCCGGAAUAGGGCGGAGCCUCACUACGGUUAGGCAGAUGUGGUUGGUGAUUCGACGCAGUUGCUAUCGAUCCAACCCCGCGAGAGACCUCCCGGAGUUUUCCCGAAUCUCGACUUUGGAUCAAUCCCUUCACAUCCUCCGCAGGAUUCUCCUGACUCCCCUUCUUCCCAGUAGCCAAGGUGAAGAUCUUGCUUCUAAGUUUGAUUGGCCAUCAGGUCUGGUGGCUGGCUUGCACGGCUUCUCUUUUAGCUUUAGGUGGUUCUGAAAUAUCUCUUCUUGUCCAUACCCCGAUUGUAGUAUUGUGGUCUCGAACUAUCGAUG